CGUGCGGAUGGAUCGUCUCUCCCACUCUGAUGCUUGUUUGGUGUCUUGAGGGAGGGCGUCUUGUUUUAUUUUUUUCUACACUCAAUCACGACGGGCCGGCGUGUUUUCAGCUAGACUGAGCUCCUGUUAGUCGGAGUCAUGGCAGACCGCGGCGUGGAUCUGUCCGCCCUGCCAAAGGAGGUUAGAGACCAGUUGGCGGAGUUGGAUCUGGAGCUGUCUGAAGGUGACAUCACGCAGAAGGGCUUUGAGAAGAAGAGAGCCAAGCUGCUGGCCUCCUACAUCCCCAAUUUGCCAAAUGCUAGUCUAUCUCUGCCAGAUGUGCAGCUUUCCCCGGGCCACAGUUCCGAUCCCAGCCCGAGUCCUGAGGCCCCAGGCCCCUCCACAUCUUCAGCUUCCAGACACCACCGUACACACCGCAGUGGAGGGGCCAGGGAUGACCGCUACAGAUCAGACAUCCACACAGAAGCUGUGCAGGCAGCACUGGCCAAACACAAAGAAGAGAAGAUGGCACUGCCCAUGCCAACCAAGAGACGCUCAGCCUUUGUCCAGUCUCCCAUAGAUACAUGCACACCUCCAGACACAUCUUCUGCAUCAGAGGAUGAGGGCUCACUGCGCAGAAAGGCAGCUCUCAGUGCAGUGUUAGCCCAGAGCCUGCAGAGCCCUGAUUACUGGAUCAACCGUUCCGUCCAAAGCUCCUCCACGUCCUCGUCUGCUUCCUCCACCCUCUCCCAUGGAGAGCCCAAGACGCAGCCACAGCUCCAGCCUGCUGCUUCCCUGUUGGCCGAUGUACUGGCCCACACACGCAUAGAAAACAGUGUCCCCCCAGAUGUGACAUCCUCCACCCCACAGGAGAGAGGAUCCAGGGUGGACCUGGCUCCGGCAGUCAGGGGCAUGAGUCGUGGACAGAGCCGCUCCAGCAUGCUGGAUACCGCUGACGGCGUGCCUGUCAACAGCAGGGUGUCCACUAAGAUUCAGCAGCUGUUGAACACACUCAAGCGGCCCAAAAGACCACCGCUCAGCGAAUUCUUCCUGGAUGACUCUGAGGAAAUUGUAGAAGUUCCCCAGCCGGACCCUAACACACCGAAGCCUGAGGGGCGUCAAAUCAUCCCAGUGAAGGGGGAGCCUCUUGGUGUCGUCAGUAACUGGCCUCCUGCUCUGCAGGCUGCCCUGGCCCGCUGGGGGGCCACCCAGGCCAAGAGCCCUGCCCUCACUGCUCUGGAUAUCACUGGAAAACCCCUUUACACACUCACAUACGGCAAACUAUGGAGUCGCAGUCUGAAGCUGGCCUAUACGCUGCUGAACAAACUGGGCACCAAGACAGAACCUGUUCUACAGCCUGGAGAUCGAGUGGCACUGGUGUACCCAAACAGUGACCCUGGCAUGUUCUGGGUGGCUUUCUACGGCUGUCUGCUGGCAGAGGUCAUCCCUGUGCCCAUUGAAGUACCACUGUCACGACAGGAUGCAGGCAGUCAGCAAAUUGGCUUCCUGCUGGGGAGUUGUGGUGUUAGUCUGGCGCUGACAAGUGAGGUGUGUCUCAAAGGACUGCCCAAGACACCAAGCGGAGAGAUCAUCCAGUUCAAAGGAUGGCCAAGGAUGAAAUGGGUCGUGACAGACACCAAGUACCUGACCAAACCAUCCAAAGACUGGCAGCCUCACAUCCCCACUGCCAACACAGACACCGCCUACAUAGAGUACAAAGCGAGUAAGGAGGGUACAGUGAUGGGGGUUGCUGUGUCGAAGAUCUCCAUGCUGACCCACUGUCAAGCCCUCACCCAGGCCUGUAACUACUGUGAAGGGGAGACUCUGGUCAACGUAUUGGACUGCAAGAAGGAUAUGGGCAUGUGGCACGGUGUCUUAACGAGUGUCAUGAACAGAAUCCACACCAUCACAGUGCCAUAUGCGGUCAUGAAAGCCUGUCCCAUGUCCUGGGUGCAGAGGGUCCACAUUCACAAAGCUCGUGUGGCCUUGGUGAAGUGCCGUGACCUUCACUGGGCCAUGAUGGCCCACAAGGAUCAGAGGGACACUAACCUGUCCUCAAUACGAAUGCUAAUAGUGGCCGAUGGAGCAAACCCAUGGUCUGUGUCGUCAUGUGAUGCCUUCCUGAAUGUGUUCCAGUCUCAUGGUCUGAAGCCUGAGGUCAUCUGUCCAUGUGCAACCUCUCCUGAGGUCCUGACUGUGGCCAUACGCAGGCCUGGUGCACGAGGAGCUCCUCUGCCAGCCAGGGCCAUCCUGUCCAUGGGCGGGCUGAGCCACGGGGUGAUCAGAGUGAACACAGAGGACAAGAACUCUGCUCUCACUGUUCAGGAUGUGGGCCACAUCAUGCCUGGAGCUCUGAUGUGCACUGUGAAACCAGAUGGGCCUCCUCAGCUCUGCAAGACAGAUGAAAUAGGAGAGAUAGUGAUCAACUCUCGGGCAGGAGGCACCAUGUAUUACGGCCUGCCUGGUGUCACCAAAAACACAUUUGAGGUGAUCCCUGUGAACCAAGCUGGAGCACCUAUAGGAGAAAUUCCCUUCACUCGAACUGGUCUGCUUGGAUUUGUUGGACCAGGCAGCUUGGUGUUUGUUGUGGGAAAGAUUGAAGGGCUACUGAUGGUGAGCGGACGCCGCCACAAUGCAGACGACUUGGUAGCCACCGCGCUCGCAGUGGAACCUGUAAAAACGGUUUAUAGGGGGAGGAUUGCUGUGUUCUCAGUCACAGUGUUUUAUGACGAGAGGAUAGUGAUCGUGGCAGAGCAGAGGCCUGACGCCAGUGAGGAAGACAGCUUCCAGUGGAUGAGUCGAGUACUGCAGGCCAUCGACAGUAUCCACCAGGUUGGCCUUUACUGCCUCGCGCUCGUCCCAGCCAACACCCUCCCAAAGACUCCGCUCGGAGGCAUCCACAUCUGCGAAACCAAGCAGAACUUUCUGGAGGGAAACCUGCACCCCUGCAAUAUCCUCAUGUGCCCACACACCUGUGUUACCAACAUGCCCAAACCACGCCAGAAACAGCCAGUGGAUGUUGGUCCAGCUUCUAUGCUGGUCGGCAACUUGGUGGCAGGGAAGCGGAUCGCUCAGGCUACAGGCAGAGAGCUGGGUGUGGUGGAGGACCAGGAUCUAAUCCGAAAGCACCAGUUCUUGUCUGAAGCCCUGCAGUGGAGAGCCCAAACUGACCCGGACCAUGUUCUAUAUGUGCUGCUUAAUGCAAAGGGGGUGGCAGUGUGCACAGCCACUUGUGCUCAGCUUCACAAGAGAGCAGAGAAAAUCACAGCUACCCUUAUGGAGAGAGGGGGCCUCAACACAGGAGACAACGUGGUGCUACUUUAUCCCCCGGGUAUUGACCUGAUCGCUGCCUUCUAUGGCUGUCUCUAUGCUGGGGUCAUCCCUGUGACGGUGAGGCCUCCCCACCCACAGAACCUGGCCGCUACACUGCCCACUGUCCGCAUGAUCAUUGACGUGAGCAAAGCAGCCUGCAUCCUCACCACUCAGCCUCUCAUGAGGAUCCUCAGGUCCAGGGAGGCUGCUGCCAGCGUCAACGUCAAGACGUGGCCUACUAUUAUCGAUACAGAUGACCUCCCCAGAAAGCGGCCUCCACACAUCUAUAAACCCCCUACAGCUGAGAUGCUGGCCUACCUGGACUUCAGUGUGUCUACCACAGGCAUGUUGACUGGAGUCAAGAUGUCUCACGCCGCAGUAAGUACUCUGUGCCGCUCCAUAAAGCUGCAGUGUGAGCUGUACUCCUCACGCCAAAUAGCCAUCUGCCUGGACCCCUACUGCGGCCUGGGCUUUGUCCUGUGGUGCCUCUCCAGUGUUUACUCAGGUCACCAGUCCAUCCUUAUCCCUCCACUGGAGCUGGAGAGCUCGCUGCCUCUGUGGCUGAGCACGCUCAGUCAGUACAAGAUCAGAGACACCUUCUGCUCCUACUCUGUCAUGGAGAUCUGCACCAAGGGCCUGGGCACCCAGACGGAGAUGCUGAAGGCGCGGGGUCUGAACCUGUCAUGCGUGCGGAGCUGUGUGGUGAUAGCAGAGGAGCGGCCUCGGCUCGCCCUCACACAAUCCUUCUCCAAACUUUUCAAAGAUCUCGGCUUGUCACCACGAGCCGUCAGCACUGCCUUCGGCUCCAGAGUCAACCUGGCCAUCUGCCUGCAGGGCACUGCUGGACCGGACCCUUCCACCGUGUAUGUUGACAUGAAAUCUCUGCGCCACGACAGGGUGAGGCUGGUGGAAAGAGGAGCGCCACAGAGUCUUCCACUCAUGGAGUCAGGCACUAUCCUGCCGGGGGUGAGGGUCAUCAUCGUGAACCCAGAGACCAGAGGCCCGCUGGGGGAUUCCCAUCUUGGGGAGAUCUGGGUGAAUAGCCCUCACAGCGCCAGUGGCUACUACACCAUCUAUGGGGAGGAGAGCCUGCAGGCAGACCACUUCAACACCAGACUCAGCUUUGGGGAGCCCCACACUCUGUGGGCCAGGACUGGCUACCUGGGCUUCAUCAAGAGGACCGAGCUGCUGGAUGCAAGCGGAGAUCGUCACGAUGCCUUGUUUGUGGUGGGCUCUCUCGAUGAAACGCUGGAGCUAAGGGGAUUACGUUAUCACCCUAUUGACAUCGAGACGUCUGUGUCUCGAUCUCACCGCAGCAUCGCAGAGAGUGCUGUGUUUACAUGGACCAACCUGCUGGUGGUGGUGGCGGAGCUGAGCGGCUCGGAGCAGGAGGCCUUGGACCUGGUGCCCCUCGUCACCAACGUGGUCCUGGAGGAGCAUCACCUCAUCGUCGGGGUGGUGGUCAUCGUGGACCCCGGGGUGAUUCCCAUCAACUCCAGAGGAGAGAAGCAGAGGAUGCACCUGCGAGACUCUUUCCUGGCAGACCAACUGGACCCCAUCUACGUGGCCUACAACAUGUGAUCGCCCUUCACCUUCUCCUACUGAUGAAAAUGCAGAAAACUGAGCCCGGCUCGGAGAAGAAAUAUGAGGGAGAAGGACUCGGGCGGGGGGGGGCACGUACAGUAGCUUACCCCAAUAUUAAACCUCAGACACACAUUCAGAACACCAAACAAUUUUAGGAAUGCGAGUACAGUACCAGUACUGUAACGAGAAUGUGCUUCCCUCUCAGAACUGUUCCUUCCUUGCUUCCACCUGCUCUAUCACUGCGGUUCGGGUUCACUGAGAGUUUUGCUUUGGGGGGGGAAUACAAGAUAGGACACAUCUGUCAACUGAAGGAAAUGUGAUCUGCAAUCCUCUGCGCAUCCUACUUCUCCCUCAUCGCUCCAAUUCAUGUUUUUUUUUGUUUUUUCAAAGACAUUUUUAAGUACAUACUCUCAUCAAAGAAAACAAAAUCCUCCCCACUCUCCAUUCCUUGGUUUUUAUGCUGAACCAUUCAUCCCCCUGAGUGCUUUUUUUUUGUAUUUUUUUUUAACCCCCUCACUUCUUGACGGCAGGAAUGGUGCACUGGAACUGCUGAGAGGAGCUGGAACUUUCCCCCUUGCACUUUAAGUCCUUGCACCCCUGAGUCCACUUCCUGUCUCGCCUGCCUCAAAGGGACAACCCCCCCCCCCUCCCCCCGUGUUUGCUGCUUUCACACGAGCAAAUCCACAUCAGUAUUACAAGAAAAGAAAAAAAGAAGAAGUGCCACCAGCAAGUGCAGCCUACAGGGGCAGUCCUGACAUAUUAACUUGCUACCGGGAUGCACCGUGGCUUUCACCUCCCAUCACACACUGUAUACGCCAGCAGACACGCUGUCACGAAAUGUCCUAAAAAAAGAUGCACUUGAAUUAUUUGUUGGUGUGGGAAAAGAAAGACUAGCUUCAUGAACAUACAAACCUGGAUGAGCUCUGAUGGGCAGAAACACAGAUUCUUCAUUUUCAGUAGGAUUUGGUCCGUUAGAUAGCUCUUAUGACUGUGAUAGUACUAAUACAGUUUUUUAAAAGCACCAUUUUUCAGAAGAGGAGUUGAAGCUGUAUGUGGUGUUUGGGUGUGCAUGCUAAUUGGGAAUGCAAUCAAUGUCUAGAAGGGGGUCCAAGAGGAGGAAAAAAAACUGUAACAUGCAGAGGAGUCACACAGCAGUGGAUUGGUCGGUUGGCUCGGCAGUGACUAUGCUGAAUAUUUUGGGUGAGCUUCGCCCCAGCUUGUGCCUCACAUGUAUCACUGUUAUAUUACAGUCACAGCUCUGAAAAAUAACCACCUGGUGCACUUUGAAAAACCCUGAAGGUCAUCUAACAACUUUUAUUGUUGCUGUGAAGGUAUUUCUAGAAUCAUUAAAGCCUUUCUAAACAUCUACAUGAAAAAAUAUUCCAUCUGUUGCCAAAUAAAAAAAGAUUUUUCAUCCAUUUCUCAAGUUGCGACUAAGUUUCCCGCUCUAGUAAACUGAAAAUAACAUAGGUCCUGAAUUUUUUUGUAGAACACAAACGUAAAUUAACACAUUGGAAAGCCUAAUGGAAUGCAUACCAAGAUAACUGAUGAUACAACUCAAAAUCUUUGUUCAGAUUAGGAUAAAGAAAGGUGUUAAAAAAAUCUUUUUUUACUAUGCAACAGAAUACAAAACAGGAUAAGCUCUCAACCUUCUGGAACACAGUUUAUUCAGUUUUCAGAAAGUCUCAUGUUAACUAAUGUGACUUUUAGUUUUAGACUUGUAAUGGUAAUGCAUGAAAGCACAAACUGGGGCAAGGCAGUUCAGAUUUAAGCUUUAUGGUUCAUUCAGUUUGAAAAACGUAUGUUCCAGAGCUUUUGGACCAUAUAUCAUAGUCUUCAUUAGCAGACAGUUUUCUCAGUUUUUAUGGAUUUGUCAAAGAGUGCUCAGAACUGAGGAUAGUUUGAACAUCUAGAGAGCAAAUGAGGCCAUGUAACACAGUCGAAAGGUCCAGAAUAAGCCAGCAAGUGUCCAUGGAGUUUUUUGUUGAGGGUUAACAGAGUUUCCUGGUUUGAAAUGAUGCGUGCCGCUAGCUCACAUCAUCGAAUUUAAUUUUCAUUGAAUCUUACCAUCACAGUUGAUUAGGGAAAUGUAGAUAAUUAGAAGGCAAGUCAGUGCCUUUAAAAAGGAAAGCACCAACGUCACAUUUCUGAUUAUGGACUGUUGAAUCUCUAAACGAUAUCCAGAAUGAGGACUGAACUUUGCCUUACUGAAACCUGUGGAACUUUUUAUUUGCAACUCUUAAUUCCUAGCUGUGCUUUUAGUAUUGCUGAAGAACUGCUUUUCCACUGACUUUCACACAUGAGUUCAACACACCAGUUUAUAAUUCAAAACACAUAUCACAUUUAUAGAGGGAGAGGGGGAGGGGGGGUCUUGUUCUUUUUAAGUUUGCAGUCAUGCCUUUCUCAUUUCAUCAAUGCCAUUUAAACCAAUUCUUUAUGAAUUUCUAUAAAACACUGAAAUAAAAAACGGUUACGAUAAUUAGGAAUGCACAAUAAUCAGAUUCAGAACAGUUAUAAGCAACCUGUGUUUAAAAAAAUGUCAGAAUCCUCCUUUUAAAAGAAGAAAGGAGGUGAUUAAUGAGGGUAAGGAUGUUGUCUGUAUACUGUAUUUUAGAGGUCAAAUACUGUAUUACUGGUGUUAAUGUGUACAUGGAAAUGUACUUUGUUGAUAAAACUUGACUGAUCUUUCAUACUUGACAGCAUUUUUCUGCAUUGUUAAUUUAAAGGUAUCACAUCGCAAAAGAGAAAAAGGUUUCCGAUUAUUUUGGUAGGAAUAAUGUGCACUUUCCCAAUAUCAUUUUAUGCGUGCGUGCCUGUGUGUGUACGUGUGUGUGUGUGUGUGUGUGUGUGUGUGUAUGUAUGUCUUUGUGUGUGUGAGUGUGUGCGUCCAGUUUUACAGUGAUAUUUGGCUUUUCUGGUGCAACAAGGUUUGUCUCAAGGUUUGUUUCUUUUUUUUCUUUUUCUUUUUUUAAAUGAAAAUGAUCCCAGAAUAUUGAACCAUUUUUACAAUUUCUUCUUUAAAAAAAAAUGUCGCCUCCACUGUAUUUUAAUUCUUUCCAUCCAAAAUUGGAAUUUAAUAUAUUUUGUAGGGGUUUCAUCAAUAUUUUCCUGAUGUAAUCUUUCUUUGAAACUGCACAUUUUCUGCAAAAAGCUUGACAUUCGACACAUCAAUAAACCACUCUCCAUUCAGUGACAGACACUGACAUGUAUGCGAGCCAGUAUCUGGGGCAAGUCUCAUGAAUAAGUGAACCUUCUGAGCUAUUAUGUGAUAAUUGCUUUGUUGCUACUGUUUCACUCAGACAAGUUUUAAUAAAGUUUUAUAAUUUCA